AUGUGUUCCAUAGAUCUCAAUAGGAGUAAUGAAAAACAAGACUUGGUUGAGUGGGCAUUGCCAUAUCUUGGUAGCGAAAGGAACAUAAAAUCCAUUUUGGAUUUCCAGAUUGAGGGUCAGUAUUCAUUCCAGGGAGUAAUGAAGGCAGGUACAAUCAUCCAAAGAUGUCUGCAAAAGAAGUCAAAGGAAAGGCCCUCAAUGAAGGAAGUUGUAGUAGCUUUGGAAGAAAUAGCAACAAUUGAAGGAAAAACAAUGUAUGAGCUGCAUACAACAUCAUCAUCAACAUCAGAAUCUUCCCCGGAUGUUGUUAUUGGGAGGAGUAUUCACGUGGAUACAAAACCAACCAAUGCAGCAAAGCCAAAGUUGUCCCCGUUCUUUAGUCGACUAGUAUUCAAAUCCAAAAGCAACUUAAACUAA